GCGAUAAUACCGCGGAGCCGCCCGGGCUGCAGUCCCGCCCCGGAGCCGGCAGGGAGCGGAGCUGCGGAGCCGCCGGGUCUCUCGUGUCGGUCGGUCCAUUCUUGCGUCCUUCUGUCCACCCGAGAGCGCAGUUCAGCAGCACGAGGUAGCAACCGGGUGGCAUGGCGACGAGCACGGAUGUGGCUGGGCUGGAGGAGAGCUUCCGCAAAUUUGCCAUCCAUGGCGACCCCAAAGCCAGUGGACAAGAGAUGAAUGGCAAGAACUGGGCCAAGCUGUGCAAGGACUGCAAGGUAGCUGAUGGAAAGGCUGUGACAGGGACCGAUGUUGACAUCGUCUUCUCCAAAGUCAAGGGGAAGUCUGCUCGGGUCAUCAACUACGAGGAGUUCAAGAAGGCCCUAGAAGAGCUGGCGACCAAGCGAUUCAAGGGGAAGAGUAAAGAGGAGGCUUUCGAGGCCAUCUGCCAGCUGGUGGCAGGCAAGGAACCAGCCAAUGUGGGCGUCACUAAAGCAAAAACAGGAGGUGCUGUGGAACGGCUGACUGACACCAGCAAGUACACCGGCUCCCACAAGGAGCGCUUCGACGAGAGUGGCAAGGGCAAGGGCAUUGCUGGACGGCAGGACAUCUUGGAUGACAGCGGCUAUGUGAGUGCCUACAAGAAUGCAGGCACGUAUGAUGCCAAGGUGAAGAAGUGAGGCCAGGGCCUUAGGGGCAUGUGGAAUAAAAGUACCCAGUCUUUGCCCAGCGGACCAGCCACCCAGAGCUUCCUGCCCAGCCCCGUGGGGCCAGCCCACCAGGCCCCAGAUCCAGACUGCUCUGCACCCUCCUCCUCCGCCCACUCAUUUCUGUCCCUCUGGGGAGAGUCUGUGCCUAUAGCCUCACCACCCCUACCUAGCCCGGGCAUGGCAACCCCUGCCUGCUUGCCUCAUAUUUAAGCUGCUGCUCUGGCCAAGUGCCUAAUUCUAACCCAGACCUCAAUAAAGACACCUUUUGUACCAACAUG